ACGCGCUGUGUGCUUUAAUAACCUUAUAACAGCUUAAGUAAUUUAAGGGAUCAGCAGCGAACGAGCGCAGCUGAUCGGAAGGCGCGGGCGGGUGAGUGACAGCCGCGAGGACAGCGGCAUGUGCGACUGGCGCCGCGCGCAGAUGGACUGCAGCUCGUGCGUUUGAAACGCGAGGACACCGCACGCGCUCACCGCCAUUCAAACAAGUUACUAAUUAAUUUAACACUUCAGCGCAAUCAGCGACGGCAGUGCAAGCAAGAUGAACACCAACGAUGCCAAAGAAUACCUGUCGAAACGAGAGAUCCCACAGCUUUUUGAGAGCAUGCUGACCGGCCUGAUGUACCACCGGCCGGAGGACCCCCUCCUGUUCCUGGAGAGCUGCCUGCAGAAAGCAAGGGAACUGGGGGGCCCCGAACGCGUGUCCUGGGACACGUUCAUCACUCCCGACCGGCGAUCGCUGCCCCCCAUCACCACGGGACAGGGAAAGAAGCCCGCCUUUAGGUCAGAGUCGGGUCCAGGACCGGGUUCGGGUCCGUACCGUCGGUAUGAACGCCUCCCACCGAUCCAGGCCCAGUUCUCCAUUGAAAGCGACUCGGACAUGACCGAGACCUCUGGCCUGAUCCAGGAGUACGACGUCUUUGACCCCUCCAAGCCCCGCCCACACAUCAUCUUUGUCAUCGGGGGUCCCGGCAGCGGGAAGGGGACACAGACUGCCAAGAUGGCGAGCUACUACAAUUACGAGUGCGUGUCGGUGGGGGAGAUCCUGAGGAACCAGCUGCUGCACCAUGCCCCCAGUGACAGGAAGUGGGAGCUCAUCGCUCAGAUCAUCGCCAACGGGGAGCUCGCUCCACAGGAGACCACCAUUGAGGAGCUGAAGCACCAGUUCAUAAAGAAGCAGGAUGCCAGGGGCUUUGUUGUGGAUGGGUUCCCUCGGGAGAUUUCCCAGGCUUUCACCUUCGAGGAACAGAUUGGCUCGCCAGACCUUGUGGUGCUGCUUGCCUGUUCCAAUCAGCAGCUCCGACAGCGGUUGGAGAAGAGGGCUGCCCAACAGGGUCGCCCUGACGACAACGCCCACGCCAUCGAGAGGCGAUUGGAGACCUUUAAGCAGAACAUCAGCUUGAUUGCCAAGUACUACCAGGAGAGGGCUCUUAUCGUCAGGAUUGAUGCUGAUCGAGAAGAGGAUGACAUAUUCGCCGAUAUCAGCGCCGUGGUGAAUGAGAGGCUGUUCCCCAAAGGACUGCAGGCAGAGGGGUACUCUGACCCUGAGCAGCUGUCUGAGGAUGUUGAAGAGCCGGAAUCUGCGGGUUCCAGGGGAGAGGUAAGGCACGCACCUGGGGACGACCAAAUCCACGGGACCCUAACGUCACUGUGCGAGGUUGGAGGAUUUCUCUUCGCCCACCAGAUCACCAUGGCAGAAAACCUGAAGGGAUGCAAGAUCAUCUUUGUUGUGGGGGGCCCUGGCUCAGGAAAAGGCACGCAGUGUGAGAAGAUUGUGGCAAAGUAUGGCUACACUCACCUGUCGACAGGUGACCUGCUGCGUGCUGAGGUCAGCUCCGGCUCCGAGAGGGGCAAGCAGCUGUCUGCCAUCAUGGGGAGAGGAGAGCUCGUCCCAUUGGACACGGUUUUGGACAUGCUGAAGGACGCCAUGAUCGCCAAGGCUGGUGUCUCCAAAGGUUUCCUGAUAGACGGAUACCCCCGUGAGGUCAAGCAGGGAGAGGAGUUUGAGAAGAAGAUCGGGCCACCUGCCCUGCUGCUGUACAUCGACGCCAAGGCGGAGACCAUGCUGAAGAGGCUGGUGAAGCGAGGAGAGACCAGCGGCCGAACGGACGACAACGAGGAGACCAUCAGAAAGCGGCUGGACCUCUACUACAAGGCCACGGAGCCCGUCAUAGCCUUCUACGAGGGCCGCGGAAUCGUCCGGAAGAUCAAUGCUGAAGCCUCUGUGGACGAUGUGUUCGAAGACGUCGUCAGCGCCAUCGAGUCCCUCAAGUGAAGCCAGCACCUCCGGAGAAAUGACUCAUUCUUUAUCGUCUUUUUAAAAGUUCAUUUGCGGAAGAAUUUAAUGCCAUUUUCCAUACUUACAGCAUCAAAAGCGCUGACUGCUGAGUCACUGUGGCUGAACGUACGACACUUCCCCGAGAUACAGCUUGCCUUAACACACACUGCUCUCCCAAAAGCCCCCUUCAGUGUUACUGAGCCCUGCGCUCACAUUCCCCCAGGAAAUCACUUCUGUGGUUUCACCUCCGCUGUCAGACCCACAGAACAAGCCUGCCACAGUGGCUAAAUCAGGGAUGUCAUUUAGGUGUCUUUGCUCUUCUCUCACCGCCAGUGUCACAGACACAUACCUCUGUUCCUGUCCACUUCCUCUUCCUGCUCGCUGGACUGUUGCUCUCUCUUGUCCCCUUCUUGUUGUGUGUUGCUUCAUCUCAUUUGAACGUUCUUUUCAUAUUUUUCCCCUCUGCGCAUGCGAUCCUCUUCAUUCAUUAGAAUAUCAUCCUGAGAACUCUGACCCAAAUGGCCUCCACUCUGGGACUGUUGCCACGGCGCCCGGCUCAUGAGGAAUACUAAGCAGAGUCCCAGGGUCACCUAGGGGUCCACUUGGGUCAGGUUGGGCCAAGUCAGGGCUUGCCUUGCACAAACACCUACAUGCCUGUAGGUCUUGUUGAUUGCACCUUUCAGAAACUAAACUCUGCACUAUUUGCACUUCAUAGUUUACAUAAAAAUGGAAAAUAAUAUUUUGGAAAGAUAACACACAUACAUAUACACCCCACAUUUUGGUCUCAGCAUGGUUUACAUCUUUUCAUAAAUAACAUACGCAGCCAUACCAGCCAUUCCUCUCUACUCCAACACCAAACCAGUCUAUCUGGACAGUGAAAGACCCAGGUUCACAUACGCUUCACUGAGGAAAAACACCUGCACGUUUAGCAGCUGCCUGUGGGAUUUUAUUAGUUUGAGCUGUUUUUUGGCGGGCGUUAGGCCUCACAUAGUGACAUACACUACCUGAAGCUACAUUAGCCUCACUGAAAUCACCCAGCAGGAAGCCAUAGUUUCUUUAUGGAAGUGAAGGGGUAAACUAAAUAUGUCUGUAAUCUUCAUAGUCAGAGCCUCUCCUCUCUGAAUACCGAGGAAUCACGUCAACCUGCACAACAACAUGGCAUGGGUAAUCGAAUGUUAACCCUUUGAUUUUGAACACGCCCUCAUAAAAGUUGGAUAUGAAUGUUAUGUUUUUUUUUGUCCUGAGCUCAGUUUGACUUUGCCCUCUCUCUGCUGGUGAAUGUGCUUGUUUUAAAGUUCUGACUUGCCUUCAAACGUGGAGCAUAGAAGUUUCCCCUGGCAUCUCUCUGUUUGUGCACAACAGCGCCACCUGCCUCCCAGACCUGUCACCCAGCAGAGGCCCAGAAAGGAGACACAUGUGCUUGUCCAAAUGUGCUUCUGUGAGGAGGAAUUAUUUGUGUUAAUCACAGAUUCACAGUGAAAACCAUUCCUUUCUAUUACACAGCCAUU